UACGUUUAGAUAAAAGGUGAAAUUCGUUUCUAUUAAAACGUGGUGCAAUAAAAAUAACACGCGUUAUUAGGAGUGGAAAUUUUAUUAAGAAGUUUUUAUCAGUGAUUUCAGUUUAACUUUGGUAUGUAACGUAGAAAAAUAGCAAUAUAAUAUAAGUCAUAACGCGCCUUCUCCCCUCUUAUUUGUUACUAAGCUGAAUUCCGUGUUGGUGUUAACACCAGGAAGUUAUCAACCCGUAUUGUGUAAAUUAAUGAAGUUGUUUGCGUCUUGGACUUGGCUUCAAUCAGGUUAAUUCAUACGCAACGGAACACGCCUCCUUACUUGCCGUUGUACACGAGAUUCUGAGUAGGCGAUGAGGCAAAUCAUUUGCCUUCGAGUUGUCAGUUCAGUUCUGAAAGCCACAAUGAGAAGUCAUACGUUCUUUGAUUCCUUGGGCUCGGCCAGCAUCAUGGCCCGAAUCCUUGAUGGCAAGGGGCUUGCCAAGGACAUCCGCAAUGAAUUAAAAAUUAAGAUCCAUAAUUGGAUGCAACAAGGUCACCGGGCGCCAACCUUGAGAUGCAUUAUAGUUGGUGAUGACCCGGCCAGCCAUACUUAUGUUAAGAACAAGAUUCAAGCUGCGACAGAUGUAGGUAUUCAGGCCGAAACCAUAAGAUAUGAAGUUAAUAUGACCGAAGAGGACCUUUUGCUAGCUAUUGAUGAAUUAAAUGCAAGCUCUGAAGUUGAUGGCAUUUUAGUGCAAUUGCCUUUGCCCGGAGGCAUUGAUGAGAGGAAGGUGUGCAAUGCUGUGGCUCCGGAGAAGGAUGUGGACGGCUUCCAUAUUGUCAAUGUCGGGCAGCUGUGUCUGGACAUGCCAACUAUUGUUCCUGCCACUGCUUUGGCUGUUGUGGAGAUGUUGAAAAGAUUCAAAAUCGACACCUUUGGCCGUAAUGCAGUAGUGGUAGGCCGUUCAAAGAAUGUAGGCAUGCCAAUCGCCAUGAUGUUGCACAGUGACAUGAGUCAUGACAGUGGCCUAGGCAUGGAUGCCACGGUCACCAUCUGCCACCGGUUCACGCCUAAAGAGAAGCUGGAGUUCUACUGCCGGAAUGCUGACAUUAUUAUUACUGCCACAGGUGUUCCAAAAUUAAUCAAAGCUGACAUGGUGAAGCCGGGGGCUACAGUCAUUGAUGUUGGCAUUGUCAGAGUGACCGAUGAUGAUGGGAAGACCAGACUUGUCGGUGAUGUCGACUAUGAUGAGGUAAGCAAAGUAGCCGGCGCUAUAACGCCCGUGCCCGGCGGUGUGGGCCCCAUGACUGUGGCCAUGCUCAUGCAUAACACCUUCCAAGCUGCCCAGAGACUGCGAGAUGCUGAGAUGAUGCAAUAAGUUACAAGUAAAGUUUAUUAGACAUCUUGUGGCUGGUUUUCCAUUUGUAAAUUACAGCCAAUAAUAUGUAUUUUUUGUUGAUGUUGGGAAACUUAUUAUUCAUAUUAUUUCAUGUUAUCCAUCUGAUGAUAUGAAAACGUUUCACUAAAAUUAAUUUUAUUAUUGGCUGGAACUAUUCUAUUAACUUGACAAACCCUUUGGAAACUGAAUAAUAUGAAAUACAUUUCAUUUAGAAUUUUAAGUUUCAAAAUUAAGUUAUUUUAAAGUUAAAUGUGUUAAUUUGUUAUAAAUUUUAACAUGGAGUCAGGUGAGUGCUGCUCAUAUUUUGUAAUUGGUUAUGUUUAUUGGGUAUUGUUUAAGAAUCUCUAAAUUAAAUGUAUGCCUCUUCUAUUUCGUACCACAGUGCCUUACUUAGUUAUAAUGCGAUUUAAAAAAGUAUUAUAUAGGUUAUUAUAAUUUAAUAAUACCUUGAUGGUAUUUAGCAAUUUGACUAGAUCUAUGCUAUAUUAUUCUGUUAGUUAUUAAGAUGUAAUCAGCUGAUUGUUUUUCAAAUCAACACAUUCCUUGUUAUAUUGUUGUUAAUCUUAAGCAGAACCAUUGUAAAAUAUCAAAUACAGUAGAAUCUCGAUAAUCCGGAACUACGAUGGUUCGGCACGUCCAGUAAUCCGGCACUAAAGUAGAGGUGCAAGUGAUCAUUAUAUGUCCAGGUUUACUAUCUGCACUUACAUUAUCACACUGCCUUCCCUUUAAAAGUGGCUAAAAACCAAAUAAGGGUCGAAUUUUCUUCUUAUUUUAGUAUAGUAUACAACAUACAACAACGCAUGAACGCAUGACGCAGGAAGCGGACCCCAGGCUCCCAUGAGCCGUGGCAAAAAUGCCGGGACAACGCGAGGAAGAAGGAGGAGUAUACAACAUAGGUACAACAUACUUAAAACAUAUCAAAAUAAUGCAGAUUUGCUUUAAUUUCCAGUAACUCGAAACUUUCCAUUAAUACGGCACUCUAGUGUCAGCGUUAGUGCCGGAUUACCGGGAUUGUACUGCAGUUAUAUUUAAUAGACUCACUUACCUUUAAGUUUUGAAGCCCUUCCAGGAAGCUAAUGCAAUAACUUAUUGAUGCCUAUGAGCGUCAUGGUCCAUAAGUCAUGCCAUAACGACUGUAAUUUCCACAUUUCAUUUCAUUUACCUAUUCCAUAAUGGCUGUGAUAAAUAAAAUUCUUCUGUUCCAUCAUAGUAUCAAUUGGCAUGUUGUUGACUAUAAAUUAUACCAAGUUAAUAAUAAAUAAAUUAUUCGUACUAA